AGCUGUUUUAAAAAAAAGAGUUGUCGAUAAACGGCAAAGACCCUUCUUCUUUAAAUACCAACAACUGCUAACCCAGCUACACUCUGAUACAAAAAAAUAUGUCUCUUAUUCAGCAACGAGAUAAUUCAUUCGAGGGUGACACCUUGCAUGUUCAAGGCGUUACAAUGGCAGCUAAAGCCUUUCGUCAUUGCAUCUUUAUAUUAGACGAGCUUUUGUCCUGUUACGAUUGCUUUCAGUUCUUAGCACCUGUUCCCUUGACUGCUGUUGUAUAUCAUACUGAAGUAAAGCACCCCAUGGACUUUAAAACUUUGGAAUACAACCUGUAUCAAAACCGGUAUCAUAACUACGAGGCCUUUGUUGAAGAUCUUUGUCUUAUUUGGGACAAUGCAAAGCUCUUUCAUCGAUCCUUUGACUUGAUUUACCAACAAGCUGAAAACCUCAAGAGAAGAUAUACUGCUCUUUCUGACUUUAUUGCUGGAGGCCCCAAACCUUUUUAUCUUUCGACAUCCAGCACUGAUAUCAGCUUAAUCUUCCAAACACCACUUCCGGAAGAAAAAUUACAAAUGAUGGCAAUACAACCAGAGCCUAAGAUCAUAUUCCCAAUGUAUAAAGAAAUGGACCCACCUAGCAAAAGUAAUUUAUACUUCGUCCAAGCGUUAAGCGAGCAAGAUUGUAAUACAAAAAAGUUGCGAGGAUUCAGUAACGUUCGAUUAUUAUUUCAGCACUUGAACGCUUCUUUCUUUCAGUACUUGUCCGAACCCAGCAAAUACAACACAGUACCUUUGCCGCGUUUUUACAUUGCAAAGAAUCGCACGUUAUUGAAUGAGGCAGGUACUGAUCCCGACGGCGCUUUAGCGGUAUUAUACAAUGUACAGAUCAAGCCAUUGACAAGGGACUUGUACCGAUUACAGGCAACUGUUGUCAUAUCUGAACCCAUGGGAGAAACGCAUGGUUUCGAUGAGUCUUCCAUGGACAAAAGCGACGAAUAUGAAUUCUGUCCUAAGGCAUGGCUCAAAUUACGUGUCAUCAAGGUUGUAAAAAAUGUAAAUACUGUUAUCAACGCUGAUAUGGAUCGUAGUUUCUUCAAAAAAGUUUAUAACACAUACAAAUUAUCCACAAAAAUCCCAGGCGACCUGAAGAAAGUGGGUGAUCAUGAGAUCGCAAAAGGAUUUGUACAUGCCAUCAUUAAUCCAAAAUCAAAUCAACCAGAUACCGAUAUCGUUGCUAGGAUGCCUAAACCUCUGUCCAAAACCGAACCCGUUGCAUCCUCUUCUAUGCUCCCCAAGGAGUUGCCAAAGAAGCAGCCUACAAAAAUGCCUGCUAAAAUCACCAGAAAAAAUCAUGAAUCACCUUAUCCUGUACAUACACCAACUAAAUCCCCACGUUCUUCAAUCAAGGGCAAAGUGAGAGCCUCUGCUUCAUUAGCCAUAGUAAAAGAAGAGCCUCGACAGGGAUCCAUAUACGAUACAGAAGCUUCUCCGGUGAUCGAAAUCAGGUCCCCCAGCACCCAAAAACCUGUCGGUCCUUCUAAAAACAUCAUUCGCAUUACCCCACCUGUAGAAAAAAAGAAUGCCGAAACAAAUAGAGAAGAACCUGAAGUACGACCUACCAUUCGCCUCAUUGUCAAGAAACGCGAACCACCAAAAGUCAUCUCCCAUGAUUCUUCUUCUUCGGAUGCAACAGACUCGGCCGAAUCAGAUAAUAGUCAAGGCAAGGGAAUAAACUCUUACUCCAUUAAAGAAAAAACAGCAGAGUCAGAAGAUCCUCCAAGUCUGAUACAUGAGGAAAAUUCAAGCUACGUCGAUGCCGUGUCUACAUCACCUGCGAACGAAAGGUUUGAAAAUACAUCACCCAUGGAAGAAGAGUCCCAAUUGACCGAAACGAAUGUUUCCUUUGAACGAUAUAUGGAAAAUACCGAUACCGAUACUCAAACCACAAAAAUACAUGACACACAUAAACAGUACUAUAUCGAUGCGUCCAAAGAGCUUUGGCAAAAGUUAAGAGAUUAUGCAAAAGAGAAAAAUGUUCCAGUAGUGGAUAUCAGCACCUAUUUGGAUAAAACCGCAUCUUACCCAAGUGCAGAAGGCUUCUUCAAGCAUGUGUAUUUCUUAAGGGAAGACAAUCAAAAGGUAGUUCAGACAUUUCGAAGGAUGACAAUCACUCAGCGUACAACAGAAAUUGCGAGUCUAUUGGCCUUGAAGGGAUUACCGCAUAUGGGACAAAUUACAGAGGUUCUGCAGGAAAGUCACGGGGAGAUCAUCGGUUUAUCGAUGCAACGCUACCAAAAGACCUUGAAACAGUACACACAUGCACAUUCUCAUCACCGUUUAACGGCUCACCAAAAAAUGGAUCUGAUCAUUCAGAUGCUGGAGUGUAUCCAAAUAAUACAUAAUGCUGGUUUAGCCCAUCGCGAUUUAUCAGAAGUAAACUUUAUGGUGAACGAAACCAACGAGACAUUACGUGACGGAAGUCGUCGAGCCGAGUUAUUUUUAAUUGAUUUCGGAAAAUCGACAUUUACAGAUCCAAAAGACGUGCGUCGUUGGUGGACAGAACAUCCCAAGGAACAGCAUGACGACGGUGACGGAGAAAUCGUACCAUUAACAAAGGAAGAUCUUAGUAUCUGGUGUCAACAAUUACCUUGGAUUCGAUCCAAACCUGACCAUGGAUACAGGCUCUACCGGUCAGUACAAACAUUACCCAGAAAUCGUACGGACACGGAAGAUUUACCUUGGCUCGUCAACCCUUUGUCCGAAGACAUUUAUUCGAUCGGUACACUCAUAUGGAAGACCUUCUCAGAGACAGAACCAUGGUAUGGCAUUCUAGAUACAGAUCUCAAGGGAUUGAGAGAGACUGUCGGCGAAGAUUACCUCAUCGAAAGAGCACUAGAUCGUGAAGUAUCUGGAAAAUUAAGCAAGGAGCUUUUAUUGAUGUUCUUGAAAGUGUCACCGGAAAAUCGUAAAUCGGCAACGGAGGUGUUGGCCUGGUUGAACAAUAUUCAAAUACAAGACGGUUUAAUAGCUGAAUGGGAAGAGCAUGCACCCGUAGGCCGCCAAAAGAGACAUGCCAAGGCAUUGUUUAGGUAUGAAGAUGAACAAGGGCCAAGUAGGGAUGCUGCUCCACAACGAAAGAAACACAAAAGUAAUAAUACAGCGAUCAACUUAACGCUUUAAAAACCAAAACAAAACUGGAUCAAAUAAUAAAUAAGGAUGGUUACUUUU